UCCCUCCCUCUCUUCGCAAGCCCAAGCUAUAUUAUCGAUGACGAUCAUCUCUCACCGACCUAAACAAAUAGAAACUUGUUAUUGUUAUACCAUAGAUUUGCCAACGUUGUCUUCAUUCAGGAAUAGCCACUCUUAAACAAACCGAACACUCCUCCUCCUUCUAUCAAAUUCCAUUUAUUAAAUAAAAAAACAUCUUUUCAACAUAUUUCGUAUACCCUUUCUAGCAAUGGAUGUCUUGGACCUCCGGUGCCUCUAGCUAUAGGAUUGAAAAACAAGAACAUUGAUCAACCACAGCAACGUACGAGUGGAAGACAUGGCGGUGGAGUAUGAGUGUUGUGAAACUCAGUUUUUCAUUCGUUUACUUAUAAUUUUGCUGCUUGUGUUGUUUGCUGGAUUGAUGUCAGGGCUCACUUUAGGACUCAUGUCCUUGAGUCUUGUUGAUCUUGAGGUUCUAGCUAAGUCUGGCACCCGUCAGGAUCGCAAGCAUGCUGCGAAGAUAUUGCCGGUUGUCAGAAAUCAACAUUUGUUGCUCUGCACCCUUCUAAUUUGCAAUGCUGCAGCCAUGGAGGCACUUCCUAUCUUUCUUGAUAGUCUUGUUGUUGCGUGGGGUGCUGUCCUCAUUUCAGUAACAUUAAUUCUUCUGUUUGGUGAGAUUAUACCCCAAUCAAUUUGUUCUCGCUAUGGUUUAGCAAUUGGGGCAACAGUGGCUCCAGUUGUCCGUGUUCUUGUAUGGAUAUGUUUUCCUGUUGCUUAUCCAAUUAGCAAGUUAUUGGACUAUUUGCUGGGGCAUCGACAUGCAGCCCUUUUCCGCAGAGCUGAGUUGAAAACACUCGUAAAUCUGCAUGGCAAUGAGGCUGGAAAAGGUGGAGAAUUGACACAUGAUGAAACUACAAUCAUUGCUGGAGCACUUGAACUCACCGAGAAGACAGCAAGUGAUGCCAUGACUCCCAUUACUGAAAUAUUUUCUAUUGAUGUUAAUUCAAAGCUUGAUAGGGAGUUGAUGAAUCUAAUAUUGGAGAAAGGGCAUAGCAGAGUCCCUGUCUAUUACGAGCAGCCUACAAAUAUUAUUGGACUUAUCCUGGUCAAGAAUUUAUUGACAAUUGACCCAGAAGAAGAAGUACCUGUGAAAACUGUGACCAUACGCAGAAUUCCAAGGGUUCCAGAAACUAUGCCACUUUAUGAUAUUUUGAAUGAGUUCCAGAAGGGCCACAGCCACAUGGCUGUUGUUGUGAGACACUGUGACAAGACAGGGCAGCAAUCUUCCAACGAUAAUGCCGAUGUGAGAGAUGUGAAGUUGGAUAUUGAUGGGGAGAAGACUCCCCAAGAGAAUAAGUUGAAAACUAAGAGGUCACUCCAAAAGUGGAAAAGCUUUCCAAACACAAAUAAUUCCAACAGGGGUAGUUCCAGGAGCAGAAAAUGGUCAAGAAAUAUGGACUCAGAUAUUUUGGAAAUAGAUUUUAAUUCACUUCCAAUGCUGCCCGAAAAAGAAGAAGCUGUUGGAAUAAUUACGAUGGAAGAUGUUAUCGAAGAGCUUCUACAGGAGGAGAUCUUUGAUGAGACGGAUUAUCAUUUUGAACACUCAUGAUAUAUCAUGCACCUCACCAAUUAGUCUUCCACAAAUUAUCUUGGUGUUUAGAUUGGUAGAUACAUAAUUAUAUAGAUAACUGUAGAGGGAUUGGAACGUGACAAACCCACUAUCCAUGGGAGGAUCUAAUUUUGUUAAUACGUUCCCAUCAAAUUUUAUUUUUCUUUAUUUUGCUUAUGUUAUGUACAUCAACAUCAGUAUUUUGUUGUAAUAAGGCAGUGGAGCACGCCAUUGCCAACCAUGCAGUAUGGACCGACAUUUACGUAUAUACAUACAUAGGGUGCUUGAAUUGAUUGCGUAUGGAUAAAACAUAUGGGCACAUUCUCCAUAAUAAUUGAAGAUAUAA